AUGCGCGAUGAUGUGAGCUGUUCCUCCACCUCCUCCUUGCCGGACUUGGAGCCAUUGGAAGUGCCUCUGGCAGAGCUCAAAACCGUCCUGCCGGAGCCGCAUGUCUUUCGCCUUGGCAACGACAGCCAGCCACCCGAGUACGACCCGGCCUCGAUUUGGGAUGAGCCGGUGCAGCAAGAGAGCCACUGGGAGGAGGAGGUCCGGCAGGAGACGCGGCGCUUGAUGGCGCAGGUCUGCAGCGAGACCUUCUGCGAGGAAGAGCUGGGAUAUCCCAAGUGGCCUGAAGAAAUGAAGGACCCCACGUACUUCAGAGCAGAGCUUCAAGAGAUCCGGAACGACCCUCGGAAGAAUCCCAACCACGGGCGAUCCUUGGAGGAUCAGGAGUUCUGGAAUGAAGCGGCGCGCCAGCCUUGGGCGAAGGUUUUGCUCCGCAAGGAGCAAUUCUGGACGGAGCGGCGCAACGUUUGGCUCAAGCAGUACGGCGCCGUGAUCCGCGGCAACCGGGGCCGCUCCCAAGUGGUAGAUCAGCUUGAGGACGGCGCCACGGGGCCAUGGAGUGGGCGAAGCUUUUUCUCCAGCUGGAAGUGGUGGGGUCAAUAG